AUGUCAACAAUUUGCGAUGAAAACCACUCUCCGUUGCCUCUUUCCCAAAAAUGCAAGCCAAUGAGCCCAUUUGUAGCGAAGUUACGACUGCUUCUACAGCAACAGAAGUACAAGAAUGCAAUUCGCUGGUCUCCAGAUGGACGAUCUCUCGUAAUUUCCGACAUCGAAACAUUUAAAGAUCAAGUUCUAGAGACUGACGACGAAAUGUUCAAAACAAAGAAUUUCGCCAGUUUCGUUCGACAAUUGAAUCUUUACGGUUUUCGAAAAUUACAGAUAAAUAAUGCCAAAGGAGACCCAACUGUAGACAUGCACUUUGAGCAUCCGAAUUUUCGAAGAGAUAGGCCUGAUUUGAUCGCACUUGUACAUCGCACAUGCAACUCGGCGAAGAAAAGAGCGCUCAUUCGAAGUAUGCACGAAUCUUACAGUCCUAAGAGGCUUCGAUUUGAAUCAGAGAGCAGUGUGUCAAUAGUCAGCCCUCUUGUAGACAGGCAAAAUGAAAUGGCCACGCCCUUGUCCGAAGAGAAACCUAGCUUGAAGUCAAUGCGUUAUGAUUAUUAUGACAGCAGCAAAUCGAUAUUGACCAAUCAGAAUGCAGAGCUGUAUGCCGAUUUCAAGGCCCCACUGAUAAAUCAAAGCGGUAGCCAAGAACAUGACUAUGCAAUUCCAAUUUUUGGUGGAUUUAAUUGUGAACCAUUAGAUGAACGUAGGUUGUAUAGUUUUCUGGACAGACAAUUUAACGACGAAAUAGUCGUAGUUCAAGCUCUCCUCAGUUUAUCAACGCAACAUUUUUAA